UUAUACAUACAUACAUAUGUAUCAAUAAAAUACAAUUUAUUAUUAUUAUUAUUGGCAAAUUGUCAAUCGAAAAGCAAAGCGUACAUAAGUAAAUGCAUACUUAAAUAAAUAUGUAUAUAAUGUACGAUAUACAAUACAUAUAUAUUUUUUGCACAUAGAUUUACCUAGACCAUAACAAAAAAAAAAAACUUAAAAGGAGAAAACUAUCCAUUUUAAUUGGUGUUCAAAAUUGUCCAGAAAGAAAUGGCAAACUUUUGAGGGAUUCAAUUAAAUACCAUAAUUAAAACCUUUGAAAUUUCCGAAUAUACUAAAAGAAAUUGUAAAAUUCAGCCGAAAUGGUUCUAGAAACUAAGUCGUAUUACAUAUAUUUAAGUCGUAUUACAAAGACAGAGUUGCAAAGGCAUUGUAGCGGUCGAGUAGAUGCAAAAUCCAAAGAGUUUCCCCUAUUGGCCAUGUAUUUUAUUAUUUCAGUUAUUCCAUUUGUGCAGUCCGUGAAGAGUUAAACUAUAAAAAAUGUGCUUCAUAUUUUUUCACACGAUUCAAAUUUUUCUACAUUUUUUAAGCAAAUUUAACUGAUCUUCCGAUUUAUUCGAAUAUAAAGUUGUGAUUAAUUCCUAAUCUUGUGUUAUAAGCAUUGUCCUUGCAUUCUCUAUACUCUUAAGGAUAUUACCCAAAGUCUUGAUCAUUUUAUUUUAUUAUUUUCCUGUCGCUCGAUGCUCGAAUACCUUCUACCCUUGCAGAAAAAUAUAAUGAAAAGCCAUAUAAUCUUUAAAUAGAUUAACUUAACAAGGUGAAACUUAAUAAACCGUAUCCCAACAAUCUAGCCCUAUAAGAAACAAAUUUAUAGGCAGACCCAAAGUUUCUUCUAUCUGCACUUGGUUAAGAGUUGAGAAGCUAGAUUCGUAGUUCGUUUUCCCAAGCAUACCGCUGCAGUGCCAGAAAAAAGAUACAAGAGAGAUUACCCACAACAAUAAUGAAAUGAGAAAAAUAAAUUAGAACACAUAUUUUAGAUGUACGUCAGAAUUAAAUGUAAGAAUUGAAAGUGAAACACAGAGGAUAUCGUAAAUAAACGCAAUGGAAAAACUGACGGUAAAUUUGAAUGGGAAUAGGAAAAUGGAGCUUGCGGCACGGAAAAGGUUGGCAGCACCGCAACCAGAUGCGACCCUGGGCGACAACUGUCAAAGACGCAAGGCAGGAGAAGUAAACAAAAAGCUCAAAAGGAAAGCAAAUGCGAACGAACGCGAAGAAAACGAACCCACAGCGAUUUAUAUGUCAGCUGGCCCAAAGCGCUUGUCUAGGGUCUCGCCUGUCAAAUAUCUACGACUGCCGAUUCGGAAAACAGACGCAGAUAGCGGCGCGCGUGAAAAAGCAAAUUCUCUGAAAAUUGUAAACGCGAAUAAAAUAAAACGAAACUCCAAAUAAAACUCAAUCAUAGACAAGAAGAUCCUUGUUGCCUGCCUCUCUGCCGUAGUCUUCAGCCAUGGAGCGUACUGCCGUGCCCCGCGGCAAGCGUCCCAGGGUGCAGGUCUCCAUGGAUGACAAAGAGCGUGCGAUUGCGCGCAUACGCAAUGGCGAAACAAAGGCCGGCAUCUCACGGGAACUGGGCGUGCCGGAGUCCACAGUGCGCGGCUGGGUUAAGCGGGCCGAUCAGCGCAUGGCGCGCGAGGCGGGCGAGGGCACAGAGACUGCAUCGCCACCCUCGUUGGUGGUGCACUCGUUGAAGCUACCCGCCAAGCGGGAUCACAAUGGCCAGCAGAGGACCCGCUCCAUAGCCCCAAUGCCCGUCGCCGUGCCGCUGCCCAUGCAGCUCUUCCAGCAGGCGGCCAGCAGUCAGCUGCAGCUGAAUGGCUGGCUGCAUAUAUUCAAUGCGGGCAUCCUUAACUUCACGCUGAUUGCCACGGCCGCCUAUUUGCGGGCACGCGUGCGCGGCACCACAGAUCGCCAGUCCCUGUGGCAGAUCAUUUGCGAGUAUGUCGAUGAGGCCGGGCGCAAUGUCGCCGCCAAUGGGGGUCAGUAUGUGGCGCCAGCGGGGACGACUAUAAAUCGACAGCAGCUUAGCUCACCGGCCCCUUCACGGAAUGUCGGCGGCGGCGGAUUUGUGGCGCCACGGCUGCACAUUACGGCCGAGGACGACGAGGACGCCAGCAUGGAUGUCGAGGGGGCAAGUCCGUGAAAACCAAUCGAUUCAUUUAUAUACAUGUUCUAUAUGCAAAUAAAACGCCUGUCAAUGGGAUUAUGUUGUUUAAAGCAAA